GUUGAAUGUCCCAAAUCAUAUUGCCACAAUUCACCACUCCACCACGACUUUUAGGAAAGAAACGAACCCUUCUCCGAAGUUCCCAGUCUAAUAAACUGUCAAUUCUCUCCACCGUGAUACCAGAAAUCGCAUGCUCCAACCAUGGCAGACCACAUAACUUCCAAACUCAACCCUGACACCCAUCUAAUCCUCGAUCAACCCCUCCUCCGCCUCCCCUUCGAGCUCCUCCGCAAGAACUUCAAAGUCGCCCACUUCAACGUCGAAAAAGAAUCCACAUCCGUCAAGACCCUCCUCCGCGAAACCGGCAUCGCCUCCCAAUCACCCACCGCCUCCUCCCCCGCCGACAUCCUCAAGAAUGUCGAUUCCAUGCUCGCGCGGAUGCGUGGUCUGAAACGCAAACUCGCCUCCUGCGCAGAAGAAGAAGCGCGGCUACAUCAGCAGAGCGCGAGUCGGAUACGGCAUCUGGGAGAGCUGUAUGGAAUGCAGAGUCUGGACGAUGUGAAGUAUGAGGAAUGGAGUCGGACACGGCUGGAUAGGCUGCUGGUGGACUAUCUGCUGAGGAACGGGUAUAAAGAGAGUGCAGGGGCUCUGGCGCGAGAGAAGGGGAUUGAGGAUUUGGUGGAUGUGGAGACUUUUGUGCAGAUGGGGAGGGCGAGGGAGAGUCUAUUGAAUGGGAGGGUGACGGAGGCGCUGGCGUGGUGUAAUGAGAAUAAAAAAGAGUUAAGGAGGAUGGAGAGUAAUUUGGAAUUCAUGCUCCGUUUCCAACAGUACAUCGAGCUCGUUCGAACACAAGACCAAGCCAAACUCCUCGAAUCCAUAGCCCACGCCAAAAAGUACCUUCUACCAUUUCGAGAGAGCUAUCCAAAAGAAGUGCAGCAAGCAUGUGGACUACUGGCUUUUCCACCCGGCACAAGAGCUGAAGCAUAUGCGGAACUCUACAGCCCCGCCCGCUGGCACUCCCUCUCCGACCUCUUCACCCAAACCCACAACACCCUCCUCUCCCUUCCCUCCGUCCCCCUCCUCCACAUCGCCCUCUCCGCCGGCCUCUCCGCCCUGAAAACCCCCUCCUGCCACUCCACACACCCGCACUCAACACUCUCCUCCAUCUCACCCACCUCCUCAUCCUCGCUAACCACCUCCGUCUGUCCCAUCUGCUCUACCGAACUCAACGACCUAGCUCGGAAUGUGCCAUACGCCCAUCACACAACCUCACAUGUUGAGAGCGAUCUGGUGUUAUUACCGAAUGGUUGUGUGUAUGGGCUGCAUAGGCUGGAGGAGUAUAGUCGGAAGGCAGGCGUAGAGAAGGGCUGCGUGAAGGAUUUGAGGACGGGAGAGAUGGUUAGGGUGGAAGGGUUGAAGAAAGUGUAUAUUUCGUAACGAUAUGAUGAGCAUUGACAAUGAAAUGCAUGGAUGGCCUGGGCGGACCAAUCCUUCUACGCUCAUUUCAGUACUGAAAGCACUUCUGCUACUGAAAGUGACCUGACUCUAUUGAAUCCACGGCAAGUUGUGUGCACUCUUCGUCCUGCGAGCGCUACUUUCCAUAUCCUACCUUCUAACUUCCAUUCCAUUUUCUAUUCUAUUUUUCUCAAUACAGCACACCAGCUUCCUUUCCCCCUCCUUUCCUCCCAUAUACAUUACCCAUCCCAACCUAUCGUCACUGUACCACAACUCCAGCCACAGCCCCAACUCAGUGGCUGUGGGUUCUUUGAAAUGGGAUGGGAAUUUACUCUCUGGAAUCGAGUAAAUGUAGGAAGAAGUAAAGAGUUAAGGAGGAAAUUCAUGGAUGUGAGAUUUUGCUCAUCAUCCGUGUGGCAUACUUUGUUUUUGCUCUUGUUUAUUUAAGCGAGAAAUUGUGCUCAUGAGGAUACACGGAAGUCACGCUCGAAAUGUCGAUAGCUUUAUGGGGAUAAGGCUUAUCCCUCAUAUACACGUCUCCUGAUACGAAAGUGAGUAGGAUUUCCAAAA